CAAAACCAACCUCCAGAGGAGAACUCCCGUGCAGGAAACCCAUCCCGGGGGAUUACAUUUGUAUCCUCGCACCCGGCACACUAUAAUAUCCUUUCCACUCUCUGCGCCGCCAACUCCUCGGCACCACACUGCGUCACUUGCGUGCCCUUCCCCCUCCGCUCCGCCCGCCGAAGAUCCCAGCGCUACAAUUCCAGACGUAAUGCCAGCGACUUCCACACCACCCAAGACGCCAGCAUCCAAACUGGCGUCCUCAAUAUCCAAAUCACGACAGGUCCUCCCUGACCCAACUAAUAGCUUCAAGCCCGGCGCAAGGCAGUCCUCUCCCACAGUACGAAAUUUCGAUCAAAUCACAAGGAUCGGAGCCCAGCGGAGCAUGCCAGCCCAGUCAAGGCAACAAGCGGCGGCGCAGGAUAUCCGUAAUUCAAAGCCAUAUAAAAGUUUUGCGAGAAGAUGGACAGCAACGAUCGUCGCAUUACCUAUUCUGUUAUAUACAAGCUACGCGUUGUACGAAAGAGUAUUCUAUGAUAAAGAGCCUCGAAGUCUACCGGGAGUGAACGCCUUUCCACAGCCGGAAUCGUCAAAUCAACCUUCUGACUUCAUGCCCCAAUCUGCGACAAGCAACGACAGCUCUACGCCCUAAUUCUUGGUCUUUGUAUUAUAUAUUUCUUCCUCGCUAUUAAAAAGUGCUUGCUCCAUUGUUAUUUUUAUGAGGAUUCGAGUAUAGAAAUACCCCCCUUGGCUUCUAUGUUAGCGACUUCAUAUCCUCGCUCUUAUUAAGGCGCUAUUGCCCGCAUGUGUAUAUAGGGAUUGGGCUUGGUCUAUAAGGCGACUUUGGUGUUCGGUGGCUGAUGUGUAUGUGUGACGCUCCUCUCCUAUGUUGCAUUUUUCAACU